GCAAAAUGCCUGCAGAAAUCCACAGGAAAUAGUAUAACUUGAAUACUUAAACAUCACUUAAAGAAUUUUAGCUCUUUGAGUUGUUACAUUCUUACCACAUCUUAGAAGCAAGUAAUGUACUACUCUGCACUUCAUCAUAUCCAAUUUUGCUUCCAUCUCGCACCAUUACAUAGUUCAGAAUGCGAAAUUGUGAGAACGAGUAGAAUUUGUUUUGGUAAAUCAGUAUUCAAGUUGCAGGCCUGCAUAGAGAGAAGCGACCAAACUCGUUUCAAGGGAGUUCGAUUUUGGAUUGGUGAACUUGCAGAAAAUCAUGUUAAUGGCUCAACGGUUGAUGAUCAGGCAGCAGAGGAGGAAGUGCUUCUUGGUGAAGCCCAAAAUUCAAGAUUACAUGACAGAAAUUCCGAAGGUAGUCCUGGAAAAGGCAGCAACGGAGGCAAUAAUGGCAAUGACAAUGGUAACAAAAAAGAUGAUGGAGGUGAUGAAGGUCACAACUGCAAUCAAGACGAAUUAACAGGAAUCGAGUGGUGGUGGUGGUGGAAGUGGCGACAAGCCUGCUGCAAAACGCAAAACGGCGACACACGAUCGCACAUGUGGCCGGUGGAUGUCGCAGUGCAAGUGGUGGCAAAUGAGGUGAUGGACAAUAUUGAGCCAGCAGUUCAAGCUAUAGUGCUGGACCCGAUAAGGCAGUAUAUAGAUAUUCAAGGGUUUAUUAUGGUGUUAGUCUUGAGCGCAUUUCUUAUUUCAUGUAUACAAAUGAUGGCUGGACUUGUAGUAGUAUCUAUGGGAGUUUCAUUAGCAGGUGUAACAGCUAUUGUUUUAGCACUUUUAUGGCGGCCAUGGAAGAGGAAAGGUAGCCGAAGCCAACAUGAAAAAAAGACCAAUAAUGGUGAGUCAUAGGGUGUUUGGAGACUGGAUUAGGCCGUAACUCGUAAAGGGAAUAGGAAUUAGCAUGCAUGGAUUGGAUAAACCAUUAUUGGAUACCUUUUUGGAUUGUGUAAAUUUAUCCUUAGUUGGAGACUUGGAGAGGUAUGCAUUAAUCUUAUGUAUUAUUGUAUAGAGGUUACAACAAGAAAUAUUAAUAGUGUUAGAAACCUAAUUUAUUCUAAACUGAUGAGGAAAAAAUAUAUAUUUAAAUAAAUAUAUAUCUCAAAUCUAU